UCUCUUUCACUAACACAUUAACACUAAUUUUAUUUUUAAUUUUAUUGUUCUUCAUUCCCUCCUACUUACAAUUCUUCUUAAAACUAUGCAUAAAAUUAUUUGUUGCAAGUAAAUACAAGGGGAACAACUCAACAACAGUAAUCUAUAUUUUGGCUCUUUAAACAUGUCACAUGUGCUAGCAUUUUGUCAUUUACUCAAUACAUUCUCCAAAGUCCUUAAAAAAUAUGUUAAACAGUAGUAGACAUUAGACCUAUCAAUACCUCUCUUGACUUUACACUCCCUCCUAAAGCAAAUUUCAACAUUUUAUCUACCUCUCCUACUUCUAGUACUACUAUAACCAAACCAAACACUUACUGCCAAGCUCACUCAUUUCACUCACUACCCUCCAAUGGCUACCUUCUUCUGCAACUCCAUCACUAAUUUCAACCUCUUCAUCACCAUUUUCUCUCUCCUCAAUACCAUCAUUUACUCCUCUUCAACAUCCUCUGAAUCCGACAUUCUUCUCUCUUUCAAAUCCACCAUUAAAGAUCCUUCCAAUUUCCUUGCUUCUUGGUCCAAUACUUCACUUACUCAUUACUGCAACUGGACUGGCAUCAUUUGCACCAAUAAUAGUCCCUCUGUCACUUCAAUCAAUCUUCAAAGUUUCAAUCUUUCUGGUGAACUUUCCCCUGUAAUCUGUAAACUUCCUAGUCUUUCUUCCCUUAAUCUUGCGGAUAAUCUCUUUAAUCAACCAAUCCCACUUCACUUUUCUGACUGUGAUUCUUUGGUAAGCCUUAAUCUUAGCAGUAAUCUCAUUUGGGGUACUAUCCCAGAACAGAUUUCACAGUUCUCCUCUUUGGAAGAGAUUGAUUUUAGCAAGAAUCAUAUUGAGGGUAAAAUCCCAGAAAAUAUUGGGUUGUUAAAAAAGUUGCAACUUCUUAACCUUGGUAACAAUAUACUCUCUGGUAAUCUUCCUGAUGUUUUUGGGAACUUCACUAAUCUUGUUAUUCUUGAUUUGUCUGAGAAUCCCUUUUUAGUGAGUAAGAUUCCUAGUGAAAUUGGUAAUCUGAAAAAGCUUGAACAGAUUUUUCUGCAAAAUUCUGGUUUUUUUGGGGACUUUCCUGAAACCUUUUUAGGAUUGAGUAACUUAAAAGUGCUUGAUCUUUCUCAAAAUAAUCUUACAGGUGAGCUUCCCAAGAAACUUGGUGCUUCAUUUGUAAAUUUGGUGUCUUUUGAUGUUUCAGUAAAUAAGCUUAGUGGGCCAUUUCCAAAUGGGAUAUGCAGUGGAAAAACCCUAACAAGCCUUAGUCUUCACACUAAUCACUUUACUGGGUUAUUGCCUGAAAGUGUCAACCAAUGCAUUAAUCUUGAAAGAUUUCAAGUGCAGAAUAAUAGGUUUUCUGGGAAUUUCCCAAAUGGGUUAUGGUCAUUGCCUAAGAUUAUGCUAAUUAGAGGUGAAAAUAAUAGAUUUUCUGGUGAAAUUCCUGAGAUUAUAUCAACUGCUGUCAAAUUAGAGCAAGUUCAGAUUGAUAAUAACAGUUUUACUGGUAGUAUACCUAAGGGUCUUGGGUCAGUAAAGAGUUUGUACAGAUUUUCUGCUUCAAAUAAUCAUUUAUAUGGUGGACUUCCUCAUAAUUUUUGUGAUUCUCCUGUUAUGAGCAUUAUAAACCUUUCUCAGAAUUUGCUUUCUGGUAAAAUUCCUGAGGUGAAGAAGUGUAGGAAGCUUGUAUCAUUGUCUCUUGCUGAUAACAGUUUCGUUGGCGAAAUCCCACAUUCACUUGGGGAACUACCUGUGUUAACUUACCUUGAUCUUUCUGGUAAUAAUCUCACUGGUUCGAUACCAGAAGAGCUUCAGAACUUGAAGCUGGCAUUGUUCAAUGUAUCCUAUAAUCGGUUGUCGGGGAGGGUACCUUUCUUGUUAGUAACAGGCCUCCCUGCAUCAUAUUUGCAAGGAAAUCCAGGUCUUUGUGGUCCGGGGUUGCCUAAAUCUUGUUCAGAUGAAGGGGAAAAGCACCACAAUGUUGGUCUUACUAGAAUGGGUUAUGCUCUUGUAUCUAUAGCUCUAGCAGUUGCUAUGAUCAUGGCUGUUUUUGCACUCUUCUUUAUUCAUCGUCGUGCUAAAAACAAAUCUGAAAUGGGUGUUUGGCAUUCAGUUUUCUUCUAUCCUUUGAGGAUUUCUGAGCAGGAUUUGGUUAUGUCAAUUAAUGAGAAAACUGCAGUAGGCAGUGGUGGAACUUUUGGGACUGUUCAUAUCAUAAGCUUACCAAGUAGUGAGCUUAUUGCUGUGAAAAAGCUAGUGAAUCCUGGAAAACAAUCGACAAAAUCUUUGAAAGGCGAUAUCAAAACAUUAGCGAAAAUCAGACAUAAGAACUGUUGAUAAAACAUUGUCAAAAUCCUUGGUUUCUGUUGUACAGAAGAUUCAAUCUUUCUCAUUUAUGAAUACUUGUCAAAGGGAAGCUUAGGCGAUAUCCUUGGCAGGCCGAACUUACAGAUGCAGUGGAAUGUUAGGUUGAGAAUUGCCAUUGGGGUUGCUCAAGGAUUAGCAUAUCUUCACAAUGAUUACUCUCCUCAUCUACUUCACAGAGAUGUGAAAUCAGCCAAUAUUCUUUUGGAUGCUGAUUUCGAGCCCAAGAUUACAGACUUCGCUCUUGACAGGAUCGUGGGUGAUUCUUUAUUUCAGUCUACUUUGGCCUUUGAAUCUCCAUUUUCUUGUCAUGUUGCACCAGAAUGUAAAUACAGCAAGAAAGCGACAGAACAAAUGGAUGUGUACAGUUUCGGCGUGGUGCUGUUAGAACUAGUGACUGGAAGGCAAGCAGCAGGAUUAAUAGAUUCAGAAGAAUCAUCACUCGAUAUUGUGAAGUGGGUUCGAAGGAAGAUCAACAUUGCUAACGGGUCUGAUCAUGUUCUUGACCCUAGGAUAUCAGUUACCUCCAAAGAAGAGAUGCUUGGAGCUCUGGACCUUGGUAUACAAUGCACUAGUGUAAUGCCUGAAAAAAGGCCAUCAAUGGCUGAUGUUGUAAGGGCCCUUCAAACUCUUGGCUCGAAAUCUAGCUCUCGACGUCUACCAUUUACCUCAUCCUCCUCUAAUCAUGGUUCACUUCCAGUUUGAGAAAUUAACAGCAGCUAUGACGAAGUUUCAAAUUUUAAGUAAUAUUAUGUAAAUCGACCUCGAUUUACUUGCUGCUUUCUUUAGUACUUCUUGCUAAGCUUGUAUCUAUAGUAGUAUAUACUGGUUUGCGAUUUUUUGAUGGGUUUAAAUACAAGUAAUAGUUAUACGUAUGCUGCUGCCCUGGCUCUACUUCGAAACAAAAAAUCUGUAUUAUGUUUUUAAUCUGCAUAAAAAAUUUCAACUAAUAUAAAGCAGAUGUAUUUAGUAACACACUUUUUAGGUCAAUUUCCAUAAUAAAGAAAAGGAAAUACCGAAAUAUUGAUUUUUAACCACCUUUAAAAAGAGCUAAUUUAUUUUUAACCCUUGUAUAUGGUACCACUCAACAAAUUCAUGAUAAAGAAAAGGAAUUACCAUAUAACCUUGUUAAAGGAAAUACCGCAAUAUUGAUUUUAACCACCUUUAAAAAGAGCAAAUAUGUAUAUGAUCAAAUGAUUAAUACAUUUGUCCCAAAAAAAAAAAAAAAAAAAAAAAAAACCAAAAAUUACCAAAAUAAAAAUAUUAUGUGUAGCAAACCAAAAGUUUCCUGUUUUAAUAAAUUUUUUUAUGUAAAAUUACCAGCAUACCCUUACUAAAUUUUACUUAACUUCAAUAAACAACAUAUUAACUCUUUAAUCCAAAUUAAUUUAUCCAUAAUUAAAACCCUAACCCAAAUGGGGUUUCAGAUCUAAGUGGUGGUGAGGUGGGGUUUUCAAUUUGUUGGUGGUGGUAAGCUAGGGUUUUGGUUCGUUGGUGGUGGUGAGUUGGGGUUUUGGUUCGUUGGUGGUAGUUUGUUGGGGUUUCAAUCCGUUGUAGGUGGUAGGGUGGUUGUUUCGGUUCGUUGGUGGUGGCUGGCCUGGUUAUGUGGGGCUUCGUUCAUUGUUGGUCUGGUGACGUGGGGCUUCGUUCGUUGGUGGUGUGAGUUGGUGGUCUGGUGGUGGUGCGAGUUGGUUGGGUGGGUUUUGGGUGGUGGGGUUUCGGAUCUUAGUGGUGGUGAGAGGGUGGGUUACAAGGUGGGGUGCCGGUGAUGUUUACUUUCUCUUUCAUCCAAUUAAUCACAUGCCUUUUUUUUUUUUUACUAAUCUUUGCUUAAGAAAUUUUGUCUUGGAGAUUGUGCAACUAAGUAUGGUAUAGAUAAUACGAAAUGAAGGCUGUAUAAAUAAUGAUUUUGCCACCACUCAACAAAUUCCACCCAUGAAAUUGUUAGUGGGGCCAUCACUUAACACACUCUCUCAUUUCACCUUCUUUUCCCCGACAAUGGAUUGGUUUUUUUCGCUCCUCUCCUCUAGUUAUGUGUCCAAAACUAUAUGGCUUAGAAAUUCAAGCUUAGAUCCACCUCCUAAAAUACGUCGCAGACUCUGAA